AUGUUUGAUGUAAUCAGAUCAAGCUCAGCCAAAGUCAGUAGUGGUGUCCCACAAGGUACUGUGUUGGGUCCACACCACUUCAUUAUCUGUGUCAAAUACAUAGUAGACGUCAUCAAACAUUGUACAUUGAAAAUCUUUGCAGAUGAUUCCAAGCUCCAGAAGGCCAUAAACGGCAUGGGAGACCGAACAUGCCUUCAGUCGGAUCUGUUUGUUGUUCUCCACUGGGCGGAAAAGUACAAAAUGCUUCUAAAUGAAGAUAAGUUUAAUUUGAUCCACUUUAGAAAAGAAGAUAAUCUGAAACUGCGAUAUGCCCUUCCCUCAAGUGACUCCCUAAUGUCAUCCACCAACACCAGUCACCUUGGAGUAAUUGUUGAUGACAAACUAAGCUGGAGUCCCCAUGUAAAUAGCAAGGUUGACUUGGCCCACGAGAUCUGCUCCUGGAUUUUGAGAACUUUCUGGUCUAGAGAUGCUCACACCAUCAUCCUUCUCUAUUCUACUUUUGCCCGACCACACCUUGAAUAUUGUUGA